UCGUCGCCGCUGUUUCCACACGGUAGUAUUUGAUAGCGGGACCAGCGCAGCACGGCGGAGCAGCAGCCAUGGCUAAAAGUGAUGGAUGCGAUUACUUUAAAAGAACCAGCACGUUUUGGAUCGUCUUCGUGAUACUGGGGAUGGGAUAUUACACUUGGAUCGUGUUCGCGCCGGAAACGAUCCCGUUCGAGCAGCUCGGCCCCUUCGGCAGCUUCUGCAGGCACCUGGUGGAUAACUAUGCUGGCAUUAUGUACAAAGGGUGGUGGGCGUCCUGGGCCAUCCACGUCACUGAGGCCUACAUCGCAUUACGGGUGUGCAGCAACAAAGGCAUCAGCGACGCGGCCACUCGCUUCCUGUGGGCGGUGCAGACCUUUCUGUUCGGCUUCGCCUCCCUCGGCCUGCUCAUCAAGUACGACCCCAAACGCCCCAAACAGCACUGAUUCCAGCGGACGAGGCCCACAGAACAACACUGAUCAUCUGAGAUGAUCCUCUCCUCUUCUUCCUCCAACGUCUUUCUUUGAGUUUCAGUGAUUUUACUUUCAGUGAUAACACGUAUUUUGUGGCAGAAGAGAAUUGAGGCCUUUCAUUAAUUCUAUCUCUUUAGAUAUAAAGGUGCCCAAGUAAGAUGGAAAUUAAACUCCAUUUCAUUCCAUCGGUUUUAUAUUAACAAACCGUAGAUGUUUUUUAUUAAUAAUAAUAAAAGAGUAAUCUGGCCUGGGUUGAAUAUUUAGUGCAAUACACGGGAACCUUUUAAUGAGAGUGAUUUCGUACGCUGUCUUUGUGUUUACAUUGAUGAGUGAUAUCAGGAUAUUCUACCAGCUGCUGUGAUGAAGAAACGUUCUGGCCGCAGAUGGGACGCUGCCGUCAACCUCAAAAGUUCUCCGGGUUAAAAUGUAAGGAGGGCUGCUGUUCACGUUCCCACCCGCCGUUCAUAUGCUGCAGUGCCUUGAGCUCAACCUUUUAAGCAACAGACUGGAAGUUCUUGAUAACACGGCAAAAAAUAAAGAGCGACUUAACAAACUAAA